UGCCUUUGUCGACGAGUUUCAAUACAUUGCUCUCUAGUGCGGACAAUUAAAAAAGGCACAGAAUCUCUAUUGAUAGUGACCUACUAAAAAGUGGUAAAGUGAGGUUUAAGCCUAUUAAGCCCAAGACAAUGGAUGAAGUUGACUUUUUAGGACCAGCGCUAUGUCAGGGCGAAAUUGAAGGAAAAGGAGUAUGCGGGAACGCAUUGGGCUCUUUGAUCAUGUAUCAAAAUGUAAAAUACCUAACAAUGGGAAUAAAGGCUUUUGGAUUUUGCAUGGGCACAAAUACGGAUCCACAUUACUUUAAAAAGUGGGACAAGGCGCCAUAUAUUUUUGAUGAACUCACCCCAUAUGAGGCCAAGAGUUAUCUUGAAAGCUGUAUGGAUGGAGAUAGUUUAGACCAGUUGCAAGCAACAAGUAGUGCUGGAGACACACCAGCAACAACUAGUGCUGGAGACAUAUCAGCAACAACUAGUGCUGGACACAUACCAGCAACAACUAGUGCUGGAGACACACCAGCAAUAACUAGUGCUGGACACAUACCAAGAACAAGUAGUACUGGAGAGAUACCACCAACAAGUAGUGCUGGACACAUGCCACCAACAAGUAGUGCUGGACACAUACCAGCAACAACUAGUGCUGGACACAUACCAGCAACAACUAGUGCUGGACACAUACCAGCAACAAGUAGUGCUGGAGACAUAUCAGCAACAACUAGUGCUGGACACAUACCAGCAACAAGUAGUGCUGGACACAUACCAGCAACAAGUAGUGCUGGACACAUACCAGCAACAAGUAGUGCUGGACACAUACCAAGAACAAGUAGUGCUGGACACAUACCAAGAACAACUAGUGCUGGACACAUGCCAGCAACAACUAGUGCUGGACACGUACCAAGAACAAGUAGUGCUGGAGAGAUACCAUCAACAAGUAGUGCUGGAGAGAUACCACCAACAAGUAGUGCUGGAGAGAUACCAGCAACAAGUAGUGCUGGAGAGAUACCACCAACAAGUAGUGCUGGAGAGAUACCACCAACAAGUAGUGCUGGAGAGAUACCAGCAACAACUAGUGCUGGACACAUACCACCAACAAGUAGUGCUGGACACAUACCAGCAACAAGUAGUGCUGGAGAGAUACCAGCAACAACUAGUGCUGGACACGUACCAAGAACAACUAGUGCUGGAGAGAUACCACCAACAAGUAGUGCUGGAGAGAUACCAGCAACAAUUAGUGCUGGACACAUACCACCAACAAGUAGUGCUGGAGACAUACCACCAACAAGUAGUGCUGGACACAUGCCACCAACAAGUAGUGCUGGACACAUACUAAGAACAAGUAGUGCUGGAGACAUAUGUGGCACGUAAAAUGGUUAAGUUUUUUUAUUCUCAUUUAUACUAACAUUAAAUGACAUUCAACGUAAAAGAAAAGCUUUUUGAAAAAUAUACUUUCAGUUUAAUGCACAGAUUUUCUCUACUAAUGUCCACUGUUAGAGAGUUUUGAGCCAGUCAUUUUUUACUCAAUGACAAACAAAGAAAUUUAGCACAACUAGCAUUAAAAUAUCAAGCUUUGUUUAAAUGAAGAAACUCUUUAAAGAUUUUAAAGGAGAAACAGUAAUAAAUCAGAUACACAAUGUAAGACAGCUUACAAAAAUAUGAGCAUCCAAUGAAUCAAACAUCACUUUUUACUUUGUCCUGCUAUAGUCCAGUAUGGUGUUUUCUAGUUUGUGAAGCUUUUUGCAUGAACAGUUAUUAUUUCUUAAAGCAUAAAGUGUAGAACUGGUGCUCUACAAAAGAAAGUAACUAUUAUCUCUAUGGCAACCCUAACAAUAAAAGAAUUUGAAUUCGGCAAAAUCUUGGUAAUUUAGAUCUUAAUUAUUUUUUAUAAAUUUUUACAAAUAAUUACAUGUAAAGAUGCAAUAUUUUAAAGUAAAUGCUACUACCAAAAAAUAAAAAAAAAUUGUUUUCCUGACAUAUGCUAUCAAUUAUCUUUAUUUUUCUCUGUUAGGGCUUCUGUAUUCUGUAUUUUUGCUGGCCUUAUGUUCAACUCCCAGAACUAGGGUGCUAGCUUUUUCUGACCCCCUACCUGCACAGAUUAUCCCAGCUUGGUUAAAUGAUUCAUAUCAUACAUAAUCAAUAUACUUUAAAAUUAAUCAUGUAUUUAUUUUUAAAAUUUUAAUAGCAUACAUAAAAAUGCUAAUUUUAGUUUUAAAUAGCUAAGGAAAACAAUAUUUGUAACACCAAAUAAUAUCAAAGAAGUUUAAAAUUUUGUAAGCAUAAUUCAAGAUUUAAAAAAUUAAAGGUGGCCUCUUAAAUAGAGAUAGAUCCAUUUUCCAUUAAUAAACAU